AUGUUUGAUUGUAAACCUGUUUCUACUCCGUUUGCUGCUCAUUUCAAACUGCAAGCUGACUCUUCUCCUAAGUCUGAGGAGGACAUUGAGAGGAUGUAUACUAUCCCGUAUACUAGUGCUGUUGGUAGCCUUAUGUAUGUUAUGGUUUGCACUAGACCUGAUUUAGCUUUUGCACUAAGCAUGGUGAGCCGAUACAUGUAUAAUUCUGGAAAGGAUCAUUGGAAUGCCGUGAAGUGGAUUCUUUGUUAUGUGAAAGGGUCCUUUGAUAUUGGUUUGGUAUUUGAUAAAGCCAAGGCAUCGUCUUAUGAUGUUAUUGGGUUCGUUGAUUCUGACUAUGGUGGUGAUCUCGAUCGUACGAGGUCUAUUUCUGGUUACAAUUCUUCACUGUGCUCUGGUGCUAUCUCUUGGAAAGCACAAUUACAGUCUAUUGCAGCCCUUUCUAGUACCGAAGCUGAGUAUAUCGUUGCAACUGAAGCCAAAGUGUUACUCAUCUUACCAAGGCAGAUUCUCAUUGCUCGAAGACCAAGCAUAUUAGCGUUAAAUACCACUUUAUCAGAGAUACUAUUUGUUGCAGGGGAGAUUGUGGUAAAGAAAUUUCACACGUCAGAGAAUUCCGCAGAUAUGUUCACCAAGCCGCUUGCUAUUACUAAGUUUAAGCAUUGCUUAGACUUAGUUGGUGUUCUUUAUGCUUAA